AUUGAGCAGAAAGCCUGCAGAAAGUUGUGGGAUAUUUCCUUCCCUCCUUCUCAACUUCACUUACACUUUCUCCAGAGUGCCAAAAUUGUUAUAGUUUCGUACUGCUAAAAUAUCCAAUUUAAUUAUAAUUUAUACAAUGCAGUAGAUUUAGAUUGAUAGUUAUGUGAUGGACAAUAACGCAGCAGAACAAUGUACCGACGACAACCAAUGGCAGCAGCACGAAGUUUUAACGAGGUCUGGAAAAGAUGCAUGCAAUUUGUGUAAUGCUCCAGCAAAUAAAUCUUGUUCCGCGUGUCAAGUGAAAUAUUGUUCGGCCCAGCAUCAGAGGGAGGACUGGCCCACCCACAAGAACGACUGCUGCCCUUUCAAGUUGAAAACCAACCAAAAAUUUGGUAGACAUUUUGUCGCAGCGAGAAGACUAAAAGCUGGCACUCUAGUUAUCCAAGAGGAUCCAACGUUAUGCGCCCCUCGAGGUCUACCGGAUGGGUCACCAAUUUGCCUCAGUUGUUGCGUCCUAAUGGAAUCACAGGGAAAAUCUUCAUAUCGAUGUUCAAAAUGCGCUUGGCCAAUAUGUUCUCCAGAGUGUGAGCAGCACGAGCUGCAUGCACAGAAUGAAUGCAAGAUAUUCUCCGAGAGACAUAUCAAGUACCCACCAUCAGAAUGUGAAUAUCCAACAUAUAUUGUGUACAAAGUAGUUGAAAUUCUACGUGGAGUACUUAUCAAAGAAAAUGAUCCUGAGCUGUGGGCCAAGAUUACAAAUCUCCAGUGCGUAACGGAGCUUGGAAAUAAGACUGAUUUGUUUCAAGACUUGGGAAAGUUAAGAAACACUUUCGGCGUUGAAGAUAUUGGACUAGAGGAGGACUGGAAAAGAAUUUUAGGCAUCUUAAAUGUUAAUAAUUUUUCUAUGAAGGGUCGACGCAAUGGUCACGGACCAUGGUUUACUGGAUACGUAUUCUUACAAAGUAGUAUGUUGGCUCAUUCCUGUUUACCUAACUGUUGGUGGGGCGUGUCAAUGUUCCCAGACCACAAAAUUCAAGUUCGCACCACCGUUGACGUUCAGAAGGGGGAUGUAUUAACUGUUCCUUAUAGUUAUAUUUAUAAUGCGUUUGGAACAAGCAAACGACAGGAAUUGAUCCAAGAUGAUGGGGAAUUUAUAUGUAAAUGCGAGCGCUGUGAAGAUCCGACGGAAUUAAAUUCUUUUACAUCGGCCCUGAUUUGUAGAAAGUGCAGAAACGGAAGCGUUUUGCCACUACACCCUCUUGUCAUCGAUUCUGAAUGGCAGUGCAAUAUUUGUCACAAGAAAUAUUUCUGGGAUGACAUUAACAAUACCAUUCAAGAAUUAAUGACGAAGCUGGAACAGUGUGAAACCGUAACGGAUAUGGAAAAUUUUAUUAAAGAAGCUCAAGGCACUGUCCACUUAAAUCACUGGUUGAUAACUGAAGCUGAGGAUGCCGUUUGUCAACAAAGAAUGCAGACGCUUUACGAAAAUGAUGAAGUAACUCUGGAAGAGAGAGAUGUACACAUUUCAAUGUGCGAGCAUUUAUUGAAAGUAAAAAAUCUCACUGCUCCAGGAUUUUCUUUGGAACGAGGUCGGCUUUUAAAUCGCUUGGCUCGUGCAAGAUUUGAAAGACUGGAUGAUAUUGUGAAGAAUAACACGGUGGAAGAUGCAGAUGAAAUUUUGGCUGAAGCAGAGUUUAUUUAUGUCUUGUACGACGAAGCUUUAUGUUUUUAUAAAAAUGACAUAACGGAAGUGCUUAUUGGUGAACAUUAUGGUUUAAAAUGUCGUAUGAUUAUGAGUGACAUGCAACUAGUCAAAGAAAAAUUUGCCAUUACAACUGAUACUAUUUAAUUUAUUUUUAAUGUAGAUUUUUAAUGUAGACUUUUUAUAUUUGAAUUGCUCAAUCGAGCCCACAAUUAAAUAAAUUAAAUUAAAAUCGUAAAAA